UCUGAGUGUAGUUCUAACGAAAAAGAUUUAGCCAAAAAAUAUAUAACCCUCUGGAAGAUGAGAUGGGGAACAACGAAAGAGAUUGUGAUAAAUCAAGAGCCACCACUCUCAGGACCUCUCCAGGAUGUGGAUACGUGUGAGAAAAUGCAUUCAACAAAAUUAGUCGCACAAGUUCGAAUGAUGGCAAAGACCGACACAAUAACUAAGAAGGGGUAUCUAUAUACUCCGGAGAAUACGGAUGAUUAUUGGGUUAAGCGUUGGUUUGUAUUGAGAAGACCUUAUUUAUUUAUUUACGAAUCUCAAAAAGAAACUGAGGAGCAAGGCGUAAUAAAUCUUACGUCAGUUCGGGUUGAUUACAAGAAGGACUUGGAAGACAUGCUUCAGAGACAAAACGUAUUUGCCAUUUACACCAACAACAAUGCAUACAUUUUGCAAGCCACAUCGAGGCAGGAGAUGCAGGACUGGAUUUCCAAG